AUGUCCAGACAGAUGACAGUGAAACCUACAGUAGUGUCCAGACAGAUGACUGUGAAACCUUCAGUAGUGUCCAGACAGAUGACAGUGAAACCUACAGUAAUUAAUGUCCAUACAGAUGACAAUGAAACCUUCAGUUGUGUCCAGACAGAUGACUGUGACAUCUACAGUAGUGUUCAGACAGAUGACGAUGAAACCUUCAGUAGUGUCCAGAUAGAUGACAGUGAAACCUUCAGUAGUGUCCAGGCAGAUGAAUAUGAAACCUAUUGUAGUGUCCAGACAUAUGACAGUAAAACCUACAGUAAUAUAGAUCACAGUGAAACCUACAGUUAUGUCCAGACAGAUGACAGUGAAACUUUUAGUAGUGUCCAGAUAGAUGAAAGUGAAACCUUCAGUAGUGUCCAGAUAGAUGACGGUGGAAUCUACAGUAGUGUCCAGACAGAUGACAGUGAAACAUACAGUAGUGUCCAGAAAGAUGACAGUAAAACCUACAGUAAUACAGAUGACAGUAAAACCUUCAGUAGUGUCCAUACAGAAAACAGUGAAACAUACAGUAGUGUCCAGACAGAUGACUGUAAAACAUACAGUAGUGUCCAGAUAGAUGACAGUAAAACCUACAGUAAUAUCCAGACAGAUGACAGUGGAACUUACAGGAAUGUCCAGACAGAUGACAGUGAAACAUACUGUAGUGUCCAGAUAGAUGACAGUAAAACCUUCAGUAAUAUCCAGACAGAUGACAGCGGAACCUUCAGUAGUGUCCAGACAGAUGGCAUUGAAACAUACAUUUAUACAGAUGACAGUAAAACCUUCAGUAGUGUCCAGACAGAUGACAGUGAAACAUACAGUAGUGUCCAGACAGAUGACUGUAAAACAUACAGUAGUGUCCAGAUAGAUGACAGUAAAACCUACAGUAAUAUCCAGACAGAUGACAGCGGAACUUACAGGAAUGUCCAGACAGAUGACAGUGAAACAUACUGUAGUGUCCAGAUAGAUGACAGUAAAACCUUCAGUAAUAUCCAGACAGAUGACAGCGGAACCUUCAGUAGUGUCCAGAUAGAUGACAGUAAAACCUUUAGUAAUGUCCAGACAGAUGACAGCGGAACCUUCAGUAGUGUCCAGACAGAUGGCAUUGAAACAUACAUUUAUGUCCAAACAGAUGACUGUGAAAUUUACAGUAGUGUAUAG